AACAUUUAUACAUAGACUCCCUCCCCACUGCACCUGUCACCGCGGGAAGCUACGCCUUUUUUUCCGUUCAUUUUGUUUGUUGCUUAUUGGAACGUGUCACCAGAGAGGAGAACGACUCUGUGAUAUAUUAGAACCUAUACUUUAAUUCCGCCAAGCUCUGUAGCGCCAGGGAGGACGGGAGCACCCCUUCAGCCCUGCCACCCUCAGGCCUUCGCCCCUGCCCUCACCCCUGCACCUGGGAUGCUGCGGCUCCCUGUACUAAUAGGAAUGAGCUUAAUUCUCUGGGUUUGAUGCAUUUGUUGGCUAUGGUUUGCAGUUUAAUCUGACAGCUAACACUUUAUAAUCUUAACAAAUCAAUUAUUUUCUGAAAGGAGGCCUCUUGAGCUUCAACACACACACACACACAUCAUCAUCAUCAUCAUCAUCACCAUCUCAUGUGCCAAAAGUAAUGCAAAUAAUAUGAAUGUAUAAUACAAUGAUGACAAAAUGCUGGUAAUGAUGAACCUGACUCAUUCCCAUAUAUGAAAAGUGCAAAUAUCUUAGAACAGUAUGAAAAGAUUUAGGCAUUGCAUAGAAGCAGAUAUGGAGAGAAGACAACAGAAGACUAGCUCAGGCCCUGGAUACAACUAAAUACAAGACACACACAUAUGCACUUAGCAAAGGAGGCACCAGCACACUCAGCAAGAUGAAGGCUGUGAUAAGCUUCUUGAGAGUAUUUCUAUCUCUAUGGAUCACAGUCAAUGCAGCGCACAGCUCCCAGCAGUCAGACACUCUGGUGUUUGUGAUCAUGGACGCUGGGGGCUCGGGGCCAAGGCCUGUGGAAGACUUGAGCAGCAGCAUCUCCUCCCAGGCUGCUCAGCUGGACAUGCCUUGUGUUGUCUACAAAACAUCCAGGGACUGGCUGGGUACUGGUUCCUGGACUUACUUCCCAUUACUUGAGUGGAUAAACAGUAAGCAUGGGAAAAGCAAGUACUGGCUGGUGUUCAUUGGGAGCUGGGCCAAGGUGAGGGUGGCCAGGCUGGUGAAGCUCCUGCAUGCCCAGAAGUCCUCUAAGCUGGUGUUCCUGGGUAGAGGUGUACAUGACAGCGAGGAGACCAUCAUCCACCACUUUGCACGUGUGGACAGCAGCCGACCCUUCCUCUACCCGGAUGUGAGGGCCGGCAUGGUCCUGUCAGGCUCCCUAAUCAAGAGGUUAGCCAAGAAAUGGACAGGUGCCAGGGUAAAGAUAGGCUCUGAGAUGAACAUUGAUGCUCCAUAUGAGUUUGCAAAAUUUGUAAAUUCUGAAGGAGUGAACUUAACACCAGACCCAGCCUUUUGCGUCAAGGAUGAGGACCAUUGUGCCAUUCUGUACUCGCCUCCCAGCUGUGGUAAAGCUGUGGAUGUGAGCAAGAUCCACUAUGCCAUCAAGAGCUGUGAAAAAUACCACAGUGAGCGAUUGCCGGUCCUCCACAGCACCUGGCUGAAACACGCCACUAACUAUGCAAUAUACAGUGAUGUUGAAGACUCAUCAUAUGGCACCGUGUCCCUUGGUGUGCCCAACACUGAGCGUGGGCACUGCGGCAAGACUCUGGCCAUCAUCCACCAUGCUGCCCAGCUGGAUGGGAUGCAGUGGCUGGUCAUAGCAGAUGAUGACACACUCAUCAGCGUUGAGGCAAUGAGUGAAUUCCUAGGCUGCCAUGACCACACCCAGCUGGUGGCCCUCGGGGAGCGGUAUGGGUAUGCCGCAGCAAUGCCUCAUGGCUACGACUACAUCACCGGUGGAGGUGGCAUGGUCUUCAGCCGCCCACUGGUGGAGGCACUAUCUGGCCCUGGGGUGUGCCAGUGUCCUACAAACGACACACCCGACGACAUGUUUCUGGGAAUGUGUCUCCGCAGCCUUGGUGUUCCCAUCACCCACUCCUCAGCCUUCCAUCAGGCUCGGCCCAUGGACUACCCACCUGAGAUCCUUGAGGAAGAGCGACCAGUUUCCUUUCACAAGUUCUGGAUGGUGGACCCACGCCAGGUGUACGCCCAGUGGCUCCACUCACCCACCACCACCACCACCAGCACCUCCACUCACUCUCAAGAUGAACUGUAGACUAACUGGCUCUACAGUGAUCUGCAUUCACCUGUGCUGACAAUUGCUUAGAUAAAACAGGCCAGGGAGGGAGCAUGAUGCCCUUCAGGUGAGGGACUCUGUCUGGAGAGUGUUGGAGGCCGGGAGGACGUGCACCUGCUGGGCCUUGCUGAAGUUGUACACCUGGCCCGCGCUGAAAGGCUGCAGGCGGGGCACUGACGAAGCCGUCCCCACGUGCUCCACCUUCCUGCUGCCGUCUGUCGUGCACAGUUUAUUGUCAUGAGUCCAUGCAUUUUGUAGCAUUAAUAUUCACUCAACCAUUAAAAGUCCUUCAUUAUAAGACAAUAAAACAUGAA